CGUAGACAAGGCUGACACGCCGCAACAUGCCUUGAGAUCCUAUUCUGAGGACUGUGGAAAACAAGUUGAAGCUACUUGGAGCUGCUAAGGGGGCUGGCAGUGAUCGAAAGGCAAACAGACAUAACGACGUGACUAGGGUGGAACAAACAAGGCAUCCCUGGAAAACAUUUCUAUGAUCUUCAUAAAAGCAACUCUCAGAUUUGCCCACUGAACAGCACAAGUCAUGUACCAAGUUGUACCGGGAGGAGCGGGAGGCACAAUUACAGAUGUUAUCCCCAAGCAGAAACACAGCAAGGACACUCGACCCUUAGUCGGAGCUGGAGUAAUCGGCCUUGUGCUGCUGAUGGCAGCAGUGACUGCAUGGUGCUAUUACAUAGCCUCUCUACGCAAGGCUGAACUGCUUAAGACUCAGCUGCUGGAUCUGAAUAAAGAUGGCUACAUUAUCCGCAACCAAGGAGGGUCUAUUGUUUUCAGAAUGGAUUUCAGGUCAGGAACGCUGGAUUUGGAUUCAUGCUCAAAAGAAGGGGAGAUUCUGAGCUGUGGACGCACCACUGACAGAAAACUAAACUUCUUCAUUGAGACAGUGCGACCCAAGGACACAGUACAAUGCUACCGUGUGCGCUGGGAGGAACUGGUUCCUGACAUUCCUGUUGAGCAUGCUAUGACAUACAAGUUUGCACACUGGUAUGGUGGUGCAGUGUCAGCAAUUCAGCACUGGCCUAUUUCUAUUUCUGGCCAACAGGCUCCCAAACCCUUUGUUACUAGUGACAUCUAUGUAAACCGCCAUGAAUUUGGUGGUAUUUUGGAGAGUUAUUGGCUUUCAUCCAACGCCACGGCCAUCAAGAUCAAUAAUUCUGUGCCCUUCCACCUGGGCUGGAAUGAUACAGAGAAAACCAUGUAUUUCCAGGCGCGAUACAAUGACAGUCCCUUCAAGCCUAACCCAGGAGAGGCACCAUGUGCUGAACUCAGCUACAGAGUGUGUGUGGGCUCGGAUGUGACAUCCAUACACAAGUACAUGGUCCGCAGAUACUUCAAUAAACCAAACAAAGUGCCUGCCAAAGUCAUGUUUCGCCAUCCCAUCUGGUCGACUUGGGCGCUACAUAAGACUGAUAUUGACCAAGAAAAACUCUUGACGUAUGCUGCCAACAUCCGCAAGUAUAACUUUAACUGCAGCCAACUGCAACUAGAUGACCGCUACACCAGCCAUUAUGGAGAAUUUGAGUUUGAUCCAAUAAAGUUUCCCAAUGCCACGGCAACGUUCCAAAAACUUAAAGCAGAUGGAUUUCCGAUGUCACUUUGGAUUCACCCUUUUGUCAACUAUAAGUCUGAAAACUUCCAUACUUGUGUAGAGAGGGGGCUGUUUGUCCGGGAGCCAACAGGCCGGCUGCCAGCUUUGGUGCGCUGGUGGAAUGGCAUUGGUGGCAUUAUUGACUUCACAAAUCCAGAAGCCCGUGAUUGGUUUUCUUCCCAGCUACGGUCACUGCGCUCCAGGUAUGGGGUGACAUCUUUUAAAUUUGAUGCAGGGGAGACCAGCUACUUACCAUGGAAAUUUAGUACCAGGACUCCCAUUCGGGACCCAAGUUUUUUCACAAGACGUUACACGGAAAUGGCUAUUCCCUACAAUGAUAGAGCUGAGCUGGUCAGUGGCUACCAGUCCCAGAACAUAUCUUGCUUCUUCAGACCAAUUGACAGAGACUCUGUGUGGGGCUAUGAGUUGGGUCUCAAAUCUCUUAUCCCCACAGUGCUCACCAUCAGCAUUCUCGGCUAUCAGUUUAUUCUACCUGACAUGAUUGGAGGGAAUGCCUAUCUCAACCGUACAGAUGGAAAUCGUGCAUUACCUGAUCGAGAACUCUAUAUCCGCUGGCUGGAGCUGUCAGCCUUCAUGCCCUCCAUGCAGUUUUCUGUUCCGCCAUGGGAAUAUGACAACGAGGUGGUUGAAAUUGCUCGGAAAUACACAGCCCUCCAUGAGAGUAUUGUGGCACCUCGGGUCCUAGAGCUGGCUGGUGAGGUGCUGGACACUGGGGACCCAAUCAUACGGCCCCUGUGGUGGAUUGCCACAGGUGAUGAGACAGCCUAUAAAAUCGACUCCCAGUUCCUGAUUGGGGAUGACCUCAUGGUAGCCCCAGUUUUAGAGCCUGGAAAGCAAGAGCGUGACAUCUACCUCCCUGCCGGCCGUUGGAGAAGCUACAAGGGGGAGGGAUAUGAUAUCAAGGAGCCACUGCACCUCACAGACUAUCCUGUAGAUCUGGAUGAAAUUGCUUACUUUGUUUGGGUUUAGCAAGAAGGGAAUGUAAAGCUGAACAGAUCUGAAUUAGCCUAUGCUCCGAUUUGCUUGCAAGACAAGCCUCACAAGUGUAGCUUUUAUUUUGACAGGAGAGACAUUGUAUGAAUGGUAAUUUGUUAGGGAAAAGUUUUUCUGCAACAAAAUAUCAAGCAUUUAAAAUAGUUUGAAAUUUUAACACCACGUUUUAUCACAAAUUUGAAACCGCUUCACUCAAAAAUGCUCGAAACCUCAUGUUAGUCUUACAUUUUUUUUAUUUAAACUAAUGUACGAAAAUGAGCAAAAUAGUGUCCUUUAAAGAGAGAACAUUUGUUGACUGUCAGUCACUGUAGCCAUUAAGUGACAAUUAUACAUUAGUGAUAAAUGGUAAAACAUAAUAUAACUGUAGCACAAGUAGAAAAGAGUCAUAAAGUUACUAAACUCAAUGAUGUCAGCUAUACAGCAAUAUCUGUUUAAAGUUUGCUAACUUUAACCACCAUGGGUUACUGGUCAUACCAGAGCAAAUGAGGCUGUAGCAGCUGUAACCACAGCAUGUAUUAAAGUGAGUGAGGGUGUGUUUUAAUGAUUAUGAAAGACAUUUGUUAUUUUCAUCUUUUAAAAGUUACAUAUUGUUGCUUUAAUUAAAGGCCAUUGUAUUCAAGCAGCCUAUAUGAAACAUUUGUCAAAAAGGGAAUAUGCAAACUGUGACUUGAGUAGGGCAUGAUUGCCAUUGCAUGCCAUAAAGUUUUUAUAUUUUUGUGUGUCACUUUGAACUUAAACCAAACAGAUUGUAUCAUGUGAGGAUAACUGAAAGGGUGUCAUUAAGCAGAUUGUAUGCUUGAAGUUUAAUCAUUACAAAUGGCAUGUGCUUUCAUUUGUGUAUCACAGUCUCACGUAACUACUCUUAGCCCAGAAGAAAGAUGUCUUUUGUUAGGAACUAAAUAUUUUAUGCUCUUCCUCAGGUAACAGCCUCUUCUGGCUGUAGUGUCUUUUGAAGUGUCUGGUAAUUGACUUUAUUGUUCUUGCUGACUCAGAAUGCAGCUAGCAAUACUAUAAUGUAUAAUACAUUGACUUCCACGUCCAAAGUAAUGAGCAUCUCUUCUGGACGAUUUUUUGAGGUUUGUAAACACAAUAACCUGAAUAUUAAUGGUCUGGUUACUUUAUACCUACUUGGAAUGCAGUGUGAAAGACUAUAAAAUUCACAGCAUUUAACUAUGAAAUUGGUACAUUGUAUUAUGUCAUUUUGUGUUUUUUGACAUGAAUAUUUUCUAACUGCAGAGAUAUGAGUGCCAUGUAUUAAUAAUUACUGCCUCGUACUGUAUGUGGUUUGUAGUUAUGCUACACAUUUAAUAUUGUUACAUUUUUACAAUUUGCACAUUUAUUAUGUAAUAUUAUUGUUAAUUUAACCCUUUAUGGGCACUCACGUGGUCAACAGAACUUACUACAAAUGCCACAAAACUAAAUUUUCCGUUAUGUAGCUGCAAACGUUCUAGAUGAAAUUACAUCAUGCCAAAUCAUGCAUCUUGUUAUCCAGAGAUGAAACUAAUAGAUUGUCUCAACCCAUUCGGGGUAAGGCAGCACACAUUUUCCUUCAGGUGCCUUCUCCGAACGUAAAACCAAUAAGUAACCAGUAAUAUUGGUGACAGCUGUGUAAAUAAAGGCUUCUGAAUCACUGACCCUUUAGUUUUAACAUAAGAAAGAUGACUUCAUUUGGUUCUUGUGCGUGGAGCUUUUUUUAAACAUUUGUUGAGGUGGAUUCUGAUGGGCAGCUGCGGUAAAGAAAAAUAUUGUGUUACUGUGAAGUAACAAUAAACCUCCACAUUGUUAAGGUGCAAUUUUCUCAUGUGGCAGUAGUUCUUUUUUAUGCUGUCUACCUUUCACCCAUUAUGCAGCCUCAUUCUGACUCUGUAUGUGCCUUGACAUAUAGCUUCCACAUUGACCUAGGCUUUUGACCUAUUUUCAUCAUAAUAAUAACUACUUUUUUAUAGCAGAUCUCACUCAGCAUCUGGGCCAGACCAGCCUCUGAGGCUAUUUCUGUUUCAGACUGUCUUGAUUUAUGACAAGACUGAGCGGCUGGAUCUCAGACUGAAUGAUUCUUUGCACUUUUCACAUGAUUCGAGGCUCUUUGCCUCGAGUUAUUGUGAUCUGAACAUUGGCAACAUUUGCAUGUGUCUGAGGGGCAGCAGUAAUUUCAAGCAAGAGUGCAUAUUUGAUGUCAUAUUGGAUGAAAGAAUUAAAUAAAUCUGACUUUUGUUUUUGAGCA